CCACAUCAUCCUGUCGCGUGUCGUGUCCCACCUGCCGCCAUUCCUCCAUUUUUCUCCUGCCGCGCUCCGCUAGUAUGACCCUCACGGUGUCGGAAACGGACAGCAAUAGUCUAAGGAAUCCGGACAUGACCGAAACUCUACCAAGCUCUGAACUAUCCCUACUAGCCAAACUGGAGGCCGCCAACAAAUUGAUUGAGAGUGACUCGAAGAGUCUCAACUCGCUCCAGAGCUCGGCGCACAGCCGCAAAAGUUCCGACACGAGCCAGAUCAGCCUUAAUUCGGGCGCCUCCUCGGUCGGUGAGGAGGAUGUGUGGUCAACCUGGGCCAGCAUCGUCACCGACUGGGAGGCGAGCCAGAAGCGCAAAGGACCGACGGUAAAGGAGCUCGUCCGCAAGGGCAUACCGCAUCAUUUUCGGGCGAUCGUGUGGCAGCUACUAUGUGGUGCUUCCGAUGCGGACAAGAAGCAGUACGCCGAGUACAUCAAGGCGACGAGUGCGUGCGAGAAGGUGAUCCGUCGUGACAUUGCCCGUACAUAUCCGGAGCAUGACUUCUUCAAGGAGAAGGACGGGCUUGGUCAGGAAGCGCUGUUUAAUGUGAUGAAGGCGUACUCACUUCACGACCGUGAAGUUGGCUACUGUCAGGGAUCUGGUUUUAUUGUUGGACUGCUUCUAAUGCAGAUGCCCGAAGAGGAAGCAUUUGCAGUGCUGGUUCAGAUAAUGCAACAGUAUCGCAUGCGCGACAUGUUCAAACCUUCCAUGGCGGAACUCGGGCUGUGCAUGUACCAGCUGGAGAAUAUCGUACAGGAACAAAUACCGGAGCUUCAUCUGCAUUUCCAAUCGCAAAGCUUCCAAACGUCCAUGUACGCAUCGAGCUGGUUCCUAACCCUGUACACUACCGCGCUUAAUCUCACGCUCAGCUGUCGCAUCAUGGACGUAUUCCUGUCGGAAGGGAUGGAGUUUAUUUUCAAGGUUGCGAUCGCACUUCUUACGAUCGGCAAGGACACGUUGCUUUCAUUAGACAUGGAAGCGAUGCUUAAGUACUUCCAGAAAGAGUUGCCGCAAAAGGUUGAAAACGAUGCGGACGGACUGUUUAAUUUGGCCUUCCAGGUGAAGAUCAACACGAAAAAGAUGAAAAAGAUGGAGAAAGAAUAUGCUGAUCUGCGCAAGAAGGAACAGGAGGAGAUGGUUGAGCUAAGGCGACUUCGAAGUGAAAACCGCUUGCUUAAAAAACGAAACGAACUACUCGAGGCAGAAAGUGCCGAACUGGCCGAUCGGCUCGUCCGGGGGCAGGUGUCUCGUGCCGAAGAGGAGGAAACCAGCUACGCAAUUCAAUCCGAACUGCUCGCCCUUCGGAGGGCCCAUCUGGAAGUUUCGCAUCAGCUCGAGAACGCAAAUGAGGAAGUGCGGGCGCUUAGUUUACGGCUACAGGAAAAUAAUCCGGACAAUUCGCUCGAAUCCAAUAACUCUCGACAGAACUCGUUUGACGAGUUGAUCAUGAAAGAGGAAGCGCUAAAGCAACGCGACGAAAUGGUUUCAUGUCUGCUCGAGGAACUGGUCAAGGUGCGGCAGGGUCUCGCCGAAAGUGAGGAUGUGAUUCGCAACUUAAAGACUAAAAUCCAAGAGCUGGAAGAGGAUAAAAAACGACUCCGCGAAACCACAACCGACAACUCGGUGGCACAUCUGCAGGACGAGCUGAUUGCGAGUAAGCUGCGCGAGGCGGAAGCUAGCCUAUCGCUGAAAGAUCUCAAACAGCGUGUGCAAGAGCUAAGUACCCAGUGGCAGCGGCAGCUUUCAGAACAGCGCAACGAUCCAGCCGCAAGUCAAGACUCCGGUGCAAAAAAGCUGCUGUUCUGGGAGUCGGGCCGCUCGCAAGAUUUGCAAAAGCUCGAAGAAGAACUGAUGACCACCCGGAUACGGGAGAUGGAAACGCUGACCGAACUGAAAGAGCUACGGCUGAAGGUGAUGGAGCUCGAGACGCAGGUGCAAGUUUCCACGAAUCAGCUCCGGCGACAGGACGAGGAAAGCAAGAAAGUAAAGGAAGAGCUCGAGGAGGCACUCGUUCGGGAGCGCGAGCUCGCGAACAAGGCACGGGAACAGCAGCACCGUUACUCCGAUCUCGAAUCUCGCAUGAAGGACGAGCUGAUGAAUGUGAAGAUUAAGUUUACCGAGCAAAGUCAAACGGUGGCGGAGCUGAAGCAGGAAAUUUCAAGACUGGAAACUAAGAACUCGGAAAUGCUAGCCGAGGGUGAGCUGCGAUCGAAUCUGGACGAAUCAGACCGUGUCCGAGAUCUUCAGGACAAAGUCGCCGAGCUAAAAGCGGAGCUGACUGCCAUUAAAAGCCGUGGAACGGCUUUGAACCUGCGAAAGAUUAAGAGCACCUCGAUACAGUCGAUCGAUUCGAACGAGAUCGAUUUUGCCGAAAUACAGCUUUCGUCCAAAAUGAACAUUCCCGGACAGCAGCAACAAACGGUAGCAGCAGCAGCAGCAGCGAGUUCCGGUUCUCCAUCGUGAAAACGGGCUUGCA